CGGAGAAAGUUGUGGAUUUUGUGGUAGAGACCCCGCGGAUUUACCCAGCUGUUAAUGUUGUUAAACAAGGUGCUAAAGAAGUUACAAAAGCUGGAGCAAAAAAAUUAGCUGUACGAGCUGCUAGUGGUAUUGUAACUGGAGUUACAACAAAAGCAAUCGAUGAAGUUAAACAAUGUUCAACAACAAAUAAAAAAUGGUCGAAUUAUGGAAAAAGUUUGGAUGAAAAUGGUAAAGAAAAUGGAACGACAGUUUCAUGGAUUACUAGUGCAAUUGUUGGUGGUUUAGGUAUUGCAAGUAGUCAUAUUAGUUCGAAUUUAUCUCAAUCAAUCACAUCUGAUGUUGUUAAAAGUGUUACACAUGUUGCUGUUAGUGGAACAACUGCAGUAGUUAGUGAUGCAACAAUUCAAGGUGUAAAUAUAGCUGUUGGAAAUCAAGAUCGAUAUGAUAUUAAACGUACAAUUACAAGUGCUAGUACAAGUGUAAUAUUGGCAGCAGCACAAGAAGGAACAAAGAAUGCAAUUUAUCAUGCUAAUGGUGGAAAAGAUCAUAUGUUAAAAGAAAAAACAAAUAGAAAAGUUGUUGAAGAAAAUGUACCUAAAAAAGAUCAACAAGCACUUAUGAAAGGAAUUAAAAAUUUGAAGAAAACACCUCAAAAAAUAUUGGAUAAUGAAGCAGCAAAAGCUACUACUUAUACUACUGAAACACAAGCACAAAGAUUUCAUCAAUCGAAUAUUCAAAAGUAUCAAUCUCAAAUUCGAUCUGAACUUGCAUUAAAAAAAGUAGCUAUCGAUACUGGAAACAAACUAGCAAUCGACGAACAUCAACGAAAUGUAGAUAAUUUAAUCAGACAAAAAAAUGAAGAAAUUAAUAGUCUUAAAGAUUUAAAACUAACAUUUAAAAAAAAUGAUCUACAUAAGAUGAAUAGUGAUAAUGCACACUUUCUUAUCGGUGAUAAACUUGGACAAGUAGCUAUUGAUAUAAAAUCAUCGGAUGCAACGUCUCGAGGAGCAACUAGAGUCGUAUUGGAUCGUUAUGUUGAUGAUCAAGGACGUACAGACUUUAUAUUUGCUGGUUAUACAAAUGAACAUCAAUAUUCAAACAUUCCUAAUUAUGGUGAAGGUGAUUAUUAUGAAAUUCAUCAAAAUUAUGAGAAUAACUUAAAAGUAAUCGAUGGAGAAGUGAAUAAUCUCAUGUAUAACCAAUCAAUACAACAUGAACAGGAAAAGAAAAAGAAGAAGGAAAAACAACUGUAAAAAAAAAAAGAAACAGCUAAAGCUAUUGUAUAUCGUUAUUUUUUUAUUUUGUUCUUUAACGAAUGUAAAAUCUCUUACUUCAUAUUUUUGAAAAUAAAUGUACAUUAUUUAGUUAAUAGAACAACUAGAUAUAAAUAUUUUGGAUAAUAACUGAUUUUUGAAUUUAAAAACAAUAUUCUAACUCUGCAAGGAUUUAGGAAAAUUCUAAGUCUAAGAAAUGGUCAAGUAUUUGUUGUCUUAGACGAAAUUAGCUUUCUCCAAAGAAAAUAGAAAGAUCUUGAAAUUGGAUGAAAAUUCCUAAAAAUGUUUUUCUCCGUCUAGUAUGUUUAUUUAAUUAAUCUACAGAUGCAUAAAUGUUUCUGGACUAAGGUACAGAUUUUCUAAAAAGUCUUUCGUUUAAAGGUUUUUCGUGUUCUUUUGUCUUAGAAAUAUUUUAAGAGAAAAAUAAAGACUUAUUAAAUAAAAAUUUUGGAUAAAGGCUGAUCUUAUGUAUUUCUACAUCGAAAAUCUUCUUGUACACAUUUCGCUUUUUUCUCGUCGACUUUUUUUUUCUUUUUUUACUGAGUAUUGAAAAUUAAUGUUACUAUGAAAAAAAGAAUACGUUUUUUACUAAAACAAACCAUGUUCACAUGUUCUAUAGAAAUUGUCCGUUGUAGGACAGUGACAAACAUUUCCAUCUCAAAUGCCAGAGACUGGCACGGGUCAGUUCGAGCUAAAACUGUGCAGUUCAGAAAAGUGAAUAACAAAUUUCCUAAGUAGAAAUACAACUGUUGAUAGGUUUUCUGGCCGUUCUUAGUCUAAGAGAAGCGGAACAUAGACAAAACAUUCUAUCGUGUAGGGAAAAACCUUUACAUCAUGAACAAUUCAAUCGAAGUCAAUACAAUAUCCAUAUUUCUCUCUAUGUUAUACAAAUAAAGUAAAUAAAUAAAUAAUAACUAUGAGAACAUGGAUUGAUAAGUAUAUAAUAACCAUCCUUCGAUGAUAGAAGAUCAUGGAUACUCUGCACUGCUCAAGAGGAUAAAUGUUUCAAGGAAAUCGUCUAUAAGAUUUCUAUUUGUAAAGUAUUAUAGUUAUUUUUGCUUUGAACUUUAUUCGUUGUCAAAUGAUAAUUAUGCCAAGCAACACUUUCUCAAUUAAAUAUAUUGAUUAAAGUUACAAUUUAGUAAUUAGUUAACUAAUCAUUGAAGAACCUUUUUUUUUGUGUCCGACACAUAGCUUUUUCCGCUGAGGCUUCUAUUAUUGUGGUUUUCAAUUAUUACGGAAGUGGUUUAAAUAACAUUUGUCUGAAAUAAGAUGAAUAUUAUAAUAAAAGUUACAUCAUUUUAAUCAUUUCUAAUAGAAUUUCAAAAUUUUUUCGAUUCAAUUUAAAUUUUGCAAAAAUUUGAAGCGAGCUUAUCACUGCUGUAUACUUCAAUAUUCAAUUUAAAUUGUAUUCUAUACAGCAUAAACUUUUUUAUAUAGAUUUAUUGUUUUCUUAAGUUUUGAUUUGUAUACAAUAAGUAAAUGUUCAAGACAAAGUCAUUGU